UGCGCUUCUUUGCUGUCCUUCUUUCUGGGAUUCCUAUUCUUUCUUUCUGGUGUUAUUACCCCCUGGAUUGUUAUUUAAGCCGGAAAGCAAUCAUGAAGUCAUUUCAAUUCGCUCGUCGCAGGGCGUUACAAAGCCUCGUCGCACCGCGCGCCUUUCAAUCUCCCGCAACGGCUCAGUUAUGGAAGAGAUGCUUCAGUGCUACUUCAGCUGCUGCCUCCCAACUAGCCCCCCUUGACCCCUCGAAACUUACAGUCUCGAAGACGAAUACCCCUAAGGAAUUGACUGCCCCGAAGGACUUGGUCUUUGGCAAGACCUUCACCGAUCAUAUGCUCUCGAUUGAAUGGACCGCGACGGAGGGAUGGCACUCUCCCCAGAUUGUUCCGUAUCAGAACCUCAGUCUCGACCCGUCGGCUUGUGUUUUCCACUAUGCGUUCGAAUGUUUUGAGGGUAUGAAGGCCUACAAGGACCAGUCUGGUCAGAUUCGCUUGUUUCGUCCGGACAAGAACAUGGCGCGCUUGAACAAAUCCUCGAAGCGCAUUGCUUUGCCUUCCUUUGAUGGCGAGGCCCUCACCAAGCUGAUUGGAGAGUUUGUGAAGUUGGACAGCAGGUUCAUUCCAAGCGAGCGGGGUUACUCUCUGUACUUGCGGCCCACGAUGAUUGGAACCCAAAAGACUCUCGGUGUGGGACCCCCGGGCUCUGCUCUUCUGUUCGUGAUUGCAAGCCCGGUUGGCCCGUAUUACCCCACUGGCUUCAAGGCUAUUUCGUUGGAGGCUACCGACUAUGCUGUUAGAGCCUGGCCUGGUGGUGUUGGAGACAAGAAGCUGGGCGCCAAUUACGCCCCCUGCGUCCUCCCUCAGCUGGAGGCGGCGUCCCGUGGCUUCCAGCAGAAUCUGUGGCUUUUUGGAGAGGAGGAAUACAUUACCGAGGUCGGCACCAUGAACCUUUUCGUUGCUCUGAAGAACAAGGAAACUGGCCAGAAGGAACUGAUCACUGCGCCUCUGGACGGAACAAUCCUUGAGGGUGUGACCAGAGACUCCGUGCUGGGGCUGGCUAGGGAAAGACUGGUGCCCAAGGGCUGGACCAUCUCCGAGCGUAAGCUCAAGAUGUCCGAAGUCGCCGAAGCGGCCGAGGAGGGCAGAAUGAUCGAAGUGUUCGGCGCUGGUACUGCAGCUAUUGUGAGUCCCGUGCGGACAAUCAGCUACCGGGGUAAGCUGGUCGACUGCGGCCUUAAGGAGACUGAGGAAGCAGGCGAAAUUGCUCUUCAGAUGAAGAACUGGAUCGAGGGUAUCCAGUAUGGUGAUGAGAGUCACCCCUGGAGCUAUGUCCUCUAAAUCAGCGAAAAGAGGUGUUAAGGAUGGAAAUGGUCUUUUAAGCUUGCAUUGCUAGAUUUUUCUGGUAUAUUUUGAUGAUAGAUGGAUAUCAAAUGGCCGGUCUUGUUGGCAUGUUUCUUACUAUACGUCGAUUUAGUGGUGAUUGUUCUUGGCGAGCACGAGCAUCACAUCAAAAGAAAGGCGGGUUUUUUGUUUCUUACGUCUU